CCGAAAGUGUGAGUAUGCUUUCCGGCGUAGGCCUUUAAGACCAAAUUGAGGUUAUAUACUCCAUCGAAAAUGCAUCUGACACCGGACUGUACAAUUAUAACAUUGGCUCCCAAUGAAAAUGGAUUCACGUGCGCUAAUCCAGGAAAGGAUCCGCUUGAUAUCUAUUUUCAUCCCAAAAAUGGAUCACAAAGGAAAGUAGCUACAUGUAAUUCACCUGGGUUUGACAUUUACAAUGACCAUGGCUUCAGCUGUAAGAACGGUGACAGUUCGUCCACUCAAAUAACAGUUCCUACCAACUUUACAGAACCUGGAGAAUUUUUCUGUCAGGUAUCUGGAAUUGGAAUGUACUCCAAAAAUUCCAUGUCUUGCAUGUGGCCUCCAAAUGGAAAUAACUCCCUUUUCAGUCCAGACGCAGCCAUAAGAUAUAAUAAUACCAUGAAUCUCCCACUUCCUGUGGGCAUCGGGCUUGCUUUAUUGUUGCUGGCUUUAAUGCAUAUUCCACUUUCAAGGAUUGGAAAGAAGAAUAAAACUUGCAAGAUGUGGACCUUAUACAACAAAAUGUUCAGAAAGAUGACUGAAAAAACUCAAGCAGAUAAAGAUUUCACUAACGACAGGCCGGGAGAGAGAACAGAACUAUUGAAAACGGAGAGUGAAAAGAUUCCAGAUGAAAAGGAGAGAACAGGGUACUACAGUGACACAGAUGUUGUACCUCCUUGUGAUACUAUUGUAUUUCGAGACAAAAUCACCACCAGCGAAAGAAUGAGAAAAUUGAAUGAAAACACAGUUGUCGAAGAGGAAGCCGAAGAUCCUGUUUGUUCUUCUGAUAUUGAUAUGCCUAUAAAAACACCAGUACAGAUAGUAAGCACUGACUGUGGGGAAGAAAAGAAAGACACCAGCACGAUCACAUGUGAUACCACAGACGUCGACAUUCACAGUGGAGGAAUAGAGACCACCUCUGCAAAUGGCGCCAAUAGUGACAUGCGAAUACAAAUGGAAAGUGAUCACACAGAGUUUCCAGGAGAAAUGGAAGAGGAUGUCUUCUCUUUCAGUGGUACUGAUAUAGACACGCAGGGAGAACAAGAAUGCAAUUUUAUUCCCCGCCAAAAGGUGACCGUUGUAAAGCAAGCCACUCAAAACAGCAAAUAGGUCACUUUGCACUUGACCAUCACUCUGUCACCUGCAUAUGACAACAGAAAAAAAAUAUUAGUGUGAUUUUUUUUGUGGUAUUGCUUGUAUUGCUUAUAUGUCCAAAUGCUGUGUAGAUUAAUAAUAAUAUGUUAAAAGUUUUCUUUGGUUUUAGAUGUAUGUAGGUACUAAUUACUAUAAUUUUAGUUAUUAUAUUUUAGUGACGCUAUGUAAUACCAUUGAGUUUGAUGAAUACAUGUGUUGCUUAAACUUACUCUUUUUCUUUCUCUCUUCUCUCAUGGAAUUACAUGUACUGCUCAAAACAAAUUACGAUAUGUUAAAAAGUAGAACGAAUAGAAAUAAGUAUUGAUGACAAAAUUAACCAAUAACCUUGUUGCACACAAUGAUGAUUAAAUCUAUCAAAUUGCUAUAGUUUUCCACAUGUUAUUCACAAGGGCUGAAGAGAUUAAAUAACAAAAAUAUAAAAAUGCGUGAUAAAUAUGUAAAAACUGCUUCAACACAUAACAAUAAAUACUACUAAUAAGCUGUCACAUUAUAUUGAUAUUUUUACACUGGUGGGAGCGCUUGUUGAGGGCAGCGGGUACCGCUGACAGUGCUUGUUUCCUCCACGUUUCCUCCUUCAUCCUCUUCCACCCCACGCAGCUCGAGACGGACAACAACAGCGGGUGACGUAGUACCCACACUGUCCAGAACAAAUAGAUUGCAUCUGUUUUCCCGGCGGCUCACAUCACUCUACCUCCUUCUUUCCUUCUCUCUACUAUUUUUCCUCCAAUAACUCUAGAACGUUCCCAAAACUGAAUAUCCCCUUUCCUAGACUAGACUUCUUCAAAUCAAGUCUGCAAGUCUCAGGAAGCAUGCUAUGGAACACCCUCCCUCUCCAUCUCAAGCUAUUGCACUCCCUGAACUGCUUCCGACGCCAUCUAUCUAAACACUUUCAAGACAUAUAGAUGACGCCUCUAGAGAUUCCUCCCAACUCUAGGUAACCUUGUAA